AUGGAUGCAGAUUUGCUUCUUGCCAUACAGCUACAGGAGCAAUUUGACAAUGAAUUCGAGGCCUCUGCAUUCCCUUCCAGUGGAUUUCAGGACAAUCCGUUUGAGCAAAGCAGUAAGAAACGCAAAGUGGAGACAGCUGGAGGAGGCAGCGACGUCGUCCCCUACUGGAAGCCGAAAGCUGUGCCCGAGAGACCGCUGUCUAUUGUGGACGCAUCCUGGGAGACCCUGGACCCAAACCCCGAUGUUAGAUCCAUGUUCCUGGAGUUUAAUGAAACGUUCUUUUGGGGGAAGCUCAGCGGGGUGGAGGUGAAGUGGAGCCCAAGGAUGACGCUAUGUGCUGGAGUGUGUUCCUAUGAGGGACGAGGUGGGCUGUGUUCCAUCCGACUGAGCGAGCCCUUAUUAAAGUUGAGACCGAGAAAAGAUUUGGUUGAGACACUGCUCCAUGAAAUGAUCCAUGCCUUGCUGUUUGUGACGCAAAACAAUCGGGACAGAGACGGGCAUGGACCAGAGUUCUGCAAACACAUGGAUCGUAUCAAUGAUGCUACUGGGACCAAAAUCUCGAUCUACCACAGUUUCCAUGAUGAAGUGGAUGUGUAUCGGCAGCAUUGGUGGCGUUGUGAUGGCCCCUGUCAGAGCCGUAAGCCCUACUUCGGUUACGUGAAGAGGGCCAUGAACCGGGCUCCCUCCCGAUUGGAUCCCUGGUGGGAAGACCACAGACGGACGUGCGGCGGGACCUACACUAAAGUGAAGGAGCCUGAAGGAUACGGGAAAAAGAAAAGCAAUAAAAAGGAAAAGGAUAAGACGGCGCCAUCGGAGAAACCGGCUUCGUCCUUUGGGAAAGAAAAGAAUGAAAAUAGCAAACCCUCAACGUCAGCUUCUCAGGACAUCAGAAACAUUAUCGCAUUCAGUGGGAAAGGAUUUCUUCUCGGAGGAAAGUCUCAGACCCCGCCCUCUUCCUCUGCGUCCGUCCCACCGUCAGCUGCUAUCUCCACUCCGACUUCUCCUUCUAAAAACACCUCCACCCAUUCACCUAUUCGCCCUGGACUGCAAACCAAAUCCUCCUCAAGUGCCUCUCCUUCUACCGCAUCCGUUCAUAAACCUCCAAUGAAGCGGUCUGUAAGAGCCGAGCAGCUGACCUCUGUGGCUCCUGGCUCUGCUUUCACUCCCUGCAGGAAGGUGUAG